CCCUGCCUGGCAAAGCUGCCCAGUCUCCCGAGAGAAAUACCCGACUCCGCCUUUCACAAACAAGCGGCUCCGUCAGAAGCGACUUGAGCUCCCUCAGCGGCCGCUAGAUGGCGCCGGCGCCCUUGUACCCUGGACUCCAGUGGGAGCGGCGCGUCGUGACGCACGCACGCGCGGUGACGCAGUACGGCGGCCGGGAGAGGCAGGCGGGCGCCGCCGGGGCGGUGUGAUCAUCUCGUCCGGCUGUGGCUGCGCUGGGAGUGAGCGUACUCGCGAUGGAGCCGCUGGAUCGCUGCGCCCGGCCCCUGCGCACCGCCCUGGUGCGGAGCUCGAUGCGGCUAUGGCUGCCCUGGGGCCUGCUGGGCCUCAUGCUGGGCGGCUCCCUCCUGAAGGCGCUGGGGCCGCUGCCCGACUCCUACAUGAGCAGCAAGCGCAACCUGCUCAACAUCUAUUUUGUCAAAUUGGCCUGGGCCUGGACAUUCUGGCUGCUGCUACCCUUCAUUGCCAUCACCAACUACCGUCUCAGCCGAAACGUCCUGGGGACGCUGCGGCGUAUCAGCACCCUGCUGGUGGGCACUGUGGCCUGGUAUGUCUGCACUAGUCUCUUCUUGCACAUAGAGGAUUUCACUGGCAGCUGCUACAAAUCGCCAGCACUUGAUGUGCUGUUCCAGGAGCACCUCAGCAAGUGGCAGUGCCGCCAGGGUGGUGGCUUCUGGCACGGCUUCGACAUCUCAGGGCACUCCUUCCUUCUAACAUACUGUGCCCUGAUGAUUGUGGAGGAGAUGGCUGUGUUGCAUGUCCUGAACACUGAUCGGAGCCCACGAUUACAUGCAGUGGUCAAUGCCCUGUUCGUUGCCUUGAGCUUUCUCACCCUGAUCUGGGUCUGGAUGUUUUUUUGCACUGCUCUAUAUUUCCAUGACUUCUCCCAAAAAUUGUUUGGCACCCUAGUGGGUCUAUCAGCCUGGUAUGGAACAUACAGGUUCUGGUACUUGAAAUCCUUUUCUCCCGGACUUCCUCCCCAAAACACUAGCUUGAGUUCAAAGAAGCCUAAUUGUAGCAGAUAAAAGUUUCUGUGUUUCAGAUUUUGUUUUAAAUACAGGAAUAUUAGUUUGUCCAAUGCUACUUUUUUUUUAAUAGUAAAGAGCAUAUUUAAGGGGAUGGGAAGAAAGGCCAGUAGUCUUUACAGUCUGAUGCCUGGCUUGUGGCUAUGAUAUGGUUCCUGGUGAGCAAAUGUUGAUAUCACAGAACUGCCUACCGUGAUUGGGUAUAAUUGGCCACCUAACUGAAAUCUGAGCAGAGAGGCCAAGGGUUGGAUCCCACCUGGAGACUGAAUUAUCUUCUCCCUUCCUGUGGGUCUUGCUGGGGCAAGCUUGAGGCCCAUUGGCGAGGUGCUGUAAGGAAAGCCUGCACUACUGCCUGUGCUCUCUCUACCUGUUCUGUCGAUAAACAGAGGAUCCAGGAUUGACAGAGGUCUUCAGUCUUUAGGGCUGUCAAACCAACACCUUUCACUGAUCUGAAAUUCAUCGUUCUCUUCCCCACCCCCAUCUUUUUUUAAGAUAAAAUAUUUCAUAUGGUCCAAAUCUUGUGCUAGGUUUUAAGUCUGACUUUUUGAACACUAGUAGUAAACUUUACAAAUGUGCCUGGGGCAGUGUAAUGGUGCUAACUAUUGCAACAGACUUUUAAUUGGCAAUCAAAAUGCACUUAUUAAAGCAGAAUGGAGCUGGGUUGUGAAGCCUCACAUUCUCAGACUGUUAAAUACUUUCACAUCCCAUAAAUCUUAAUUGGCCAUCUGUAUAUUCAGCAACGAGAAGAGAGACUUUGUUUUUUGAGACCCAGAGUCUAAUGUUGGGUCAUAGCUUUAAAUUGACUGCUACUCUCAAUCUUUGAAAAUGAAUUCCUAAAAAAUAAGUUUUAUUGCUUCAGUUGAUUUUUAAAAAAAUAGAUUUGUCCCUUUAUUUUUAACACUAAUUGUAAAAAUAGCAAGGUGGUAUGUUUUGUUAAAAUGUAAUAAUAAGACGACUCCUCCCAAUUCUCUGUUAAUUGGCUUGUACAAAAAUGUUAAUGAUUUAAAAGAUUUUUUUUUCAGAUGUUAUAAGUUGCAAAUUUUGUAUUUGCAAUAAAAAAGCUCUGUUUGAUGUGUACCUUUCAGACGCCCUGCGGAUUUCUGGCCUCAUGUAACAAGUGCACUGACUGGACCCACUGUAUCUUGAAUCAUUCUGUUUAUUGGGGAUUGUCUGUAAUACAGUGUUUACCAAGGGUACUAUAGCAAUAUGCUUAAAGAAAUAUUUAUUCUUACCUUUUUGUUGGCAUCAAUAAGCUAUUUUAAUUGCAUACUAAGCUGUGGCAAAAAGUGGUAGCCAGUCAAACCCUAUUAUGAUGUACAGAUUGGGACGUCUCUGUUCUGUCCUUCAUGUGAGAUAGACAUUUAGCAUAAUUUUUAGUUUAAAGAAGUUUUAUCUUGUUUUACAAAAGGCUUAUUCAUGUCAGGGUAGACAAACCAAAAUCAGUUUUACAGCAGUAGUAGUGAGUCCAGCAGGCUAUCAAAAGCUUUUCGUAGCUCAUCUGUAUGUCUGCUAAACUGUAGCUAGUUCUAAUAGCACAGUAAUGGACCUAAUUUUCUACAUUACUUGAUUCUGAGGCUAGGUCUACACUACGGGGGGGGGGUCGACCUAAGAUACGCAACUUCAGGUACGUGAAUAGCGUAGCUGAAGUUGCGUAUUUUAGGUCGACUUACCUGGCUGUGAGGACGGCAGCGAGUCGACCGCAGCUGCGCCGCCUUCGACUCCGCUUCCGCCUCUUGCCGCGGUGGAUUUCUGAAGUUGACAGCAGAGCCAUCGGGGAUCGAUUUUAUCGCGUCUUCACUAGGCGGUAAGUCGAUCCCCAAUAGAUCGAUUGCUACCCGCCGAUCCGGCGGGUAGUGAAGACAUGCCCUGAGUUAAGUGUUUUGCUGCCUUUAGGACAAGGGGUUCCAUACCCUGAUCUUAAUACGUUCAUUUUGCCACCUUAAUACUUCUUUCCUAGCCAGAGAAGGAGACAGUCCUGCACAUACAAACAGGUUCAUUUCUCAUUUGGGGCCUGAUCCUUUGAAAUGCGGACGUCCUUCUGUUCCCUUUGAAUCAAGUGAUGGUUGAGGGUACUCGGGAGCUCCCAGAAGGCACAAAGCAGAUCUCAGGAUCAGGCUGUCUGAUGAGAGUUAGGUUUGAAUUUUGGGUUGUUCUUUGGGUAUGUCUACGCUUGGAGCCAGAGAUGUAAUGUCCAGCUCCAGGAGACAUAUCUGCAGUAGCUCUGUUCAAACUAUCACACUAAAAAAAGAAGUGUCGGCACGGUGGUGGGAGGUGGCAGCAACCCUGAGUACGAUCCUGUCCAAGACUCAUACGUACUCAGGUGGCUAGCUCAACAUGCUGCCGCGGCUACACGCCAUUUUUAGUGUACUAGAUCAAUCUGAGAUAAUGCAGAUAUAUCUCUUCAAGCUGGAAAUUACACCUCCAGUUCAAAUUGUAGACAUAUCCGUUGUGUCAAACCACCUUUCAGCUGCUUUAUCGGUCGCCUUGUCUACAUGACAAAGUUGCAUCAGUUUAACUUAAAUCAGUAUUUAAACCGAUAUAGUUAAACUAAUGUGAAACCCUGUGUGGACACUCUUAUUUUGGGUUAGCUUAAACCUGUUCCCAGUAGAUUUAAACAAAACUGCUAAAAGCCCAGAGUCUUGGGCAGACACACCCCAAGAUCCUGUUCUUUCCUGAACUAAUAUUUAUAUUGAUUUUAUAUUCCUUUAUACUGACAUGAAAGGCCACAAAUGGGUUAUAUCAGUUUUACUAUAUCUGUUUAAAUUAUGGGGUGCAACGUUCCCAUGUAGAUAAGGCCUGAAUAGAACCCCAGUAUUAUUAAAAACUAUGCAGUUAAACUGACAGGCUUUUAAAGCUUAAGUUAAAGUUAGCUUCCCCUCUGGAAAACACUAUUUUUGUGCAAUCUGUGUUUACAAAUACUUCCAUUCACCUAACCAGUGUGUCAUAGUAACUGUUUAUUAUUAUUAUUAUUAUUAUUAUUACUAUUAUUAAAAUUAAUAGCAUAGGAUAUGGAAAUGCUUGAAACUUUCCUGUAACCUCAAUGCUAGUAUGUUAGACAAAUGUAACUGAUCAAAUUCACCUAGGGGACUUACAAGGGGUUGUGUAGUUAAGGUUCAGUUUCUGGAGCCUCUAAAGAUAAAUUAAGGGCCCACUGCUGCUACUUGUGCCCAUGUAGUUAAUGGGACUACUUGCAUGAGUAAGGACUACUCUGGUGAUCAAGUAUUGCAGGAUAAGACUUAAAUUUGUCAUUGAGAAUUCCAAUGGUUUUUGGACAGUAGGGCCCAAAUUUUCAAAAAUACGAGGUAUGAAAAUGUAUGAGCAAAAUGAGCGUUCUAACGUGUGUCCACUGUGCAGACUGAUUGUGUAAUUGUCUACACAUAAAUACCCAUUUGAGCAAACUAUCUUAGUAAUACAGCUGCACUUUGUGCGCCUAGAGUGAAAACUUGGCCCCAUUGAAGUCAAUGGCAAAACUUCCACUGUGGGGCCUGGAUUUCAUUCCUAAUGUGUUUGGAAAUCUCGCGGGUAGGUGGCCAGUCUCAGUACAGAGGCCACACGUUUACCGUUGACUUGAAGAGUUCACUUGCUGUGUUCAGACAUUGGAACUUUUCUUUUGUGCAUUUUGAUCAUACCACAGGCAGAUGAUCCCGUCCUUUUCAUUUUCAGUGUUAAUCUAAUAGCUGUCUGUGGAAUUCAACGGCAGAAAAUCUUCUGUCCACGUAUUUUUUCUCUUUAUUUAUUUAGUUUAUAUUUACCACUGGAAUGAAAAUCCAGUCCCUCCACAUCAGGGGUAAAUUUGCAGCAGAGAAGAAACCUCCACUCUAAACAGCUGGAUUUGAUGUGGAUUGUUGCCAAGUGGACAGAUCUUUUCUUUGAACUUGCUGGAAAUACAUUUGGAAUUUGCCUGCGUUUUAAAAACUAAAACCUGGAAAAAGUAUUUGAGAGGACAAUAUUCAAAUCUUAUAGUCGAUGUUGAUAUGAAGCAAUUGUAAUCAUGAAAUUAUAACUCAUAACAGCCUUGUUUGACUUCCUGAAUUAAAGUCUCUUGCCUACAUUCA